UAAAGCCCUAGAAACAUAUGACAAGCAAGGCUGCAUAAAUAAAAGUUCUGGUCUUCACGCACUUGGUGCUACUAUGGGAAGGAAUAUGGAUGGCAGAUUUCUCGUCAUUUGUCUUGAAAAUAUAAUACCAUAUGCAGGUGAGUUUGUAGCAGAUGACCCUCAAAGGAGGCUUGAUCUUGUAAAGCCAAAAUUACCUAAUGGGGAGUGUCCUCCUGGCUUUCUUGGGUUUGCUGUGAAUAUGAUCAAUGUGGACAACACAAACUUAUUUUGUGCCACAGCUAGUGGACAUGGCCUCAGGGAGACUCUAUUUUAUAAUCUCUUCUCUCAUCUUCAAGAAUAUAGAACAAGGCAAGACAUGGUAACUGCUCUUCCUUGUAUAAGUGAAGGAGCUGUUUCUUUGAAUGGAGGGAUGAUUAGGAGUACCAGUGUGUUUUCCCUAGGGGAUCGGGAAGAUGUAGAUGUGAAAUUCCCAAAACCCUUGGUGACAUGAACCCUACCUGAAAAACACAUUGAGGCUGAGAGGUAGGUUGAAGAGGUGAGAUGGAAAAAAGAAAAAAUGCAGGAUGAUAUUCAAAGAGAACAAGCAUUAUUGAAUCAUGCAAAGUUCAAUUUUGAUAGAAAGAAGCAAGAGUUUCUGAAGUUCCUUGCUGAAAGCUCAUCAUAC